UGUCACACAUUUCUUAAUGUCUCCAGUCUGAAGCUGGUGCUCUCAGCCCCGCCCCCCAGCGGGGCCCUGGACCUAUCAGGCCUCCCGUUGGCAGCGAGGGACAUGGAGCGCCUUUGCGGCCACCUGCGGCGCCACGCGGCCAGCAUGGUCAGCUUGGAGAUGGGCUUCACCGAGCUCACAGACGAGGCCUUCCUGCUGCUGCUGCCCACGCUGGCCGGCCUGCCACACCUGGAGACCCUGGCUCUCAACGGAAACCGGCUGACCAGGGCCGUGCUGAAGGAGCUCACCGACGCCCUGAAGGACCCUGGGAGCUUCCCCAGCUUGACGUGGAUCGACCUGGGCAACAAUGUGGACAUCUUCUCCCUGCCGCAGCCCUUCCUGGUCAGCCUGCGGAAGCGCUGCCCCAAGCAGGGCAACCUGCCCACCAUCCUGGAAUUCGGGGAGAGCCAAGCCAGUGAGCCCCCUGAGCGGCCCAAGAGGAGGGCGGGAGGGGAGCAGGGGGGGCAGCCGCGGGCCGGACAGGAGGAGGAGGAGGAGGGGGCGACGGACGACGAGGCCAACCGCACAGAGAGCAUGGACGAGCUGCGGUCGGAGGUGGAGGAGGAGAUGGACGGGGAGCUAGAGAUAGAGGAGAUGAUGGAGGAGCUGCUCGACUUUGACCGUGAGGCGAGAGGCCCUGAGGACGAGAUGGAGGAGGAGGAGAGCAUGUGGACCCUCGAGGAUCCAGGGAGAGGAGGAAGGGCUGGGGAGAGGAGAAGGAGGAGGAGGUGCAUAAGGGCCGGUGAGGAGGAGGAGGAAGAGGAGGAAGACGGACACAAGGAGGGUGGGGGGGAGGAGAAAGAAGGGGGGGGUGGUCAACGCAGAAAGAAGGCUCUGAAGGCUGACAAGGAAGACGACACACAGAGCCACUCCUCACGCCUGUCCUUCUCCAGCCAAUCGCAGCUCUCCUCUUCCGGGGCCGUCGGGCCAAUGAGAGUGGAGGCCGAUGACCUGGGGGACGCCGCCAAGCAAGUGCAGCAUUUGACCUGAUUGCCGUGGUCCCGUGGUCCGUAGAGACUACAGAGCUCUUCUAGAGGAGCUCCCAUAGGGAUGUAGAACAUUUCUCAUGUUCCAGGUCCACUGGGGUACCUUGUGGACAGAAGAACCUAGUGGAAGGUGGGACCAAGCUUUGUACGGUGGGCUGCUCUGCCACCUAUCAGGAGGGGCCCUAGGAACUGUGGCUCAUAAGGCCGUUUGCUGAUGACUUGUGGCUUGUUUAGGUUUGCAGACACCAAGGAUUCCAAGAGUAGAACAGGACUUCCAGUGUUAAUAUAAAGCUUGGGUAAACCAGGUAGAAUGUUCCCUCUGCCAUGUGUAACAUUAAUAUUCCUUUCCUGCAGGUGGAGGAAUACCCAUGUGCCUGUGAAAUUUUAUUAUCGUGUGAAAGUGAUUAAUAUCUAAAAAAGAGAGAAAGAGAGUAAGUAAAAUGUCAAAAAUGUACCUAACUAUAACUUAGUACAAAACAUCAAACAACAAAGGCUGUUAUAUAUAUGCACUGGCAUAUAGAAAGAAUAAAUAUAACCAAAAUAUAACAUAGAAUAUAUGGCAAGAAACAGCUUUGAUAAAGAAACAGCUGUCAAGACCUAUCCCUGGAUCAAUGCUACACUUUACCAGUUAUUCUCCUAGAAGCCAAACUCUCCAACACACUAAAAAGAUUUAAAAGAAGAUAUUUACUCUUAAGUAAAUAAAUUAGAACAUCUGGUUGUUUUAGAAAGUAAGCACUGGUGGUUGUCCAAUCAAAUGUAAAGUUUGGGGACAAGCCUCUCCAGUUGAGAGUGUCUAGCCGUCCUUGAUAUCAGUGCUGCCACAUGUAAAGUCCUAUGUUUUGUUUAUGUAAUUAGACAAAGUGCUGAAUAUCAAUAAGUCAUUUUUUUCUUGCUCUGCAGUACCAUACAAAUGUAUGCAUCACAUGCUUUUGCAAUGCAGUAUAUGGGUUAGAUGUGAUGUAGCUCAUAUACAGUGAGGUUGUGAGGUACAGUGAAGCUCCACUGUUCUGUGUGGGGUUGACCCCCAACUAUUAUUCCCUUAUAUGCAGUAUGUAGCUUUCCCACGGCUAUUGCUUCUACCCACUUGUAUCAAGUAGUCUUAUCAAGUAGUCUUAACAAUUGUUGAGCCGAGGCAAAACAUAAGAUGGCGUUCUCCAUAUACUGCACAUGUUCAUUCUUAGUUCACUCAUAUAGAGGAAUUGUAUACUAAAGUGAAUGUCUAACAUUCUUAAUAUAAAUAUUUCAGGUAACAAGCAACCCUUUGUCAAACGAUUGCCAGUCUACAUCAUGAAAGAAUGAUGAUUCAAAACAGGUAAUGUGAGAAAGUCCCUCAAAUUGGAUCGAUUCCAUUUCUGCAAUUAAAGCCAUUCUAUGCUCAACCAAGAGGAACCACACAUUCCUCACUUGGUAAUUGUUGAUCUUUUUUUAUAUUGCCACCACACAUCAAAAUGUGUUUGGUAACAGUCCAUAACCUAUUAGCCUAUUUAAAAUGUCUCUGUUGUAUGAAAAAUAACACAGCUUCUUAAAAACUUCUGGGUUAUUCUAUAAGCCAUUCUCAGGUUUAUGUGGUUUUUCUAUCUGCUAUUAUAACACUUUUCCAGAAAAAAUGAAUCAGGAAAUGAAAUGUUAACCCUUACAAUUAAUUUACUACUCUCAAUAUCAGAAUGAACACAUGAUCCAUAGAAUAUGAACUAACAUUCUAAAACAUGCUUUACACUAAGCAAUCGUAGCCUUGCUGAACUGCAACAAAGAUCUCCUCAAUUUUACUGUAGCAUUGAUGAGAUGAACAGUAAAGCAACGUAACAUUCUGGAGCAGUAGGCCACACAGUAGUUACCUAAUUACCUUAAAACUGCCGUUCAUCUCUGGCUGCAGCUGUGUGGUGUUAGAUCAGCCUGUGUUUAGCUUGCUUUAGGUUUGUGUUUCACCGUCCAAUGGUUCUGCACAGGGAUUCCUUUCCUCAAUCACAGUCUGCCACCAACCUUAUCACUCAUGUAUUGCCAACCUUUCCAGGAAUCCUCUGCUGUCUUUAGAAGCACACACCAACAUAAAACUUCAAAUGAGUGAAUGACAAUAAUUUAUGAUGAUGAAGAGGGUAUUUCUGAUUGUGCGAAAGGACUGAAGACACAAAGAAUGAACACUGAAGAUAUAUAACAUGCAAAUGGUGGUUGUUUCCUCAUCCCUGCUUUUUUAUUUUCUUUACCAUCCUUUCUUCUCUCUUUUCCUUGAACACAUCUCCUAUUUUGGUAUUCUUUUCUAUUUUGGAUUAUCCAAUUUGAAUAUGAAAGACUGGCAUUAUUAUCAA